AUGCGUAUUCGCCUACAGCCACGCAGGAGACCAUAAGUUAAGCGAACCCCAGAUAAGCUGAAUAUUGCAUUGUUGUCUUUGCCCGCUCACCGUCUUCAUUUCAAUAAUGAGCUAGCUCAACGGCUAGUAACCUUCCAAUCGCUGCCGCAGUAGCCGCCGACGCCGCCGCUGCCGAGAACGCUCCGUGGAGAACCGAUUGUGUCAACUGUGAAACACGGUUCAGUCGACGGCGCUAACCGUCCUCGGUCGCGCACGCCUCCAACACUAGGAUUGUUCGACGAAAACGACGCCGUCAUCAGCAAUCUGCUCGCAGAGAAGAACCGUUUACGCAAAGCCUACGAAGACCAUCCAACUGACGCCAACAGACCUGCCUUCUACCGCAGAAGACACCAACUCCAGCAACCACUUCGCGAAAUGCAGGACGCCUGGACUGCCCGCAAAGCUGAGGAGAUCCAAAUUACGCGGACCACAACGAGUGGAAGAACGUCUUCUCCUCAAUCAAAGCUGUCUACUGUCCGCCGACGAAGGGCACUGCUCCUCCGCUCAGCGCCGACUGCAGUACCCUCCUGACUGAGAAGAUACAAAUUCUACAUCGAUGGGCCGAGCAUUUCCGAGGCGUCCUCAACUGCCCCUCCGCCAUCUCCGACACCGCCAUCGCUCGUCUGCCGCAAGUGGAGACCAACGCGGAUGUCAAACUCCCGCCAUGUCUCCAGGAAACCAUCAGGGCCGUGCAGCAGCUCUCCAGCGGGAAAGCACCCGGAUCAGACGCAAUCCCGUCUGAAGUCUACAAGCACCGAGUCCCCCAACUAAUGGAUCACCUGACUGCGCUCUUCCAGGAGAUGUGGCACCAAGGUGAAAUCCCGCAAGAUUUCAAGGACGCAACCCUCGUGCAUCUAUACAAGCGCAAAGGAAACAGACAAGUCUGCGACAGUCAUCGUGGCAUCUCCUUGUUGAACAUCGCCGGGAAGAUCUUCGCUCGCAUCCUCUUCAAGCAUCUGAAUAAUCAUCUGGAACAGGACCUUCUGCCGUAA